AUCCUUUUAUUAAAAUUCCUGGCACUGUUGUUGCAUUUGCCUUGUAUCCAUAUUUCCUCAUGACAUGCUAAUCCCUGGUGUAAAUGCGUUAUCUAUGCUUGAGGAUAUUGGGGUGAUAAUUGGAGGAAUAGAUUGCCAUAUCAGUGGCACAAUAUUUUUAGUUAGAAGACUAUACAAUGCCGCUGGGACUGAUAUUAGGUUUAGGGAGAUCUUUCAGAAGAAAGCGUACUUCAUCUCUUGAUAUUCUUACUACAAAACGGGUUCCUCGGGGCUUCUACAAGGGGAAGAAUUGCAAGCCUACUGGUUUUCACACUCGCAAAGGUGGUUAUGUUAUUAUGCAAGAGAAGCUGCCUAACUACGUAGUUCCAGAUUUGACCGAUUUCAAGCUUAAACCUUAUGUAUCCCAAUGCCCGAUUGAAACUACAAGUGCAAAUACGGAGGCAAAGGAAUCUGCAAAAUAAAAAGAGGGAGAAAAACGUUGAACACUCCCCGUUUUAAGGAUAUUUUAGUUUUCUCUGUCUUCAUUUUGUAGCUAAACAUGACGGCAACUACUCGUUUUAUCCACUCUUGGACACCUCUACAGCUACACUUUGUUGGGAUCAAGCAGCUGUCUUUUUUCUUUUUCCUUUCCUUUUUCUUAUUAGGUACUGAACUUUUUAGCUAAACAUGUCAUGGCUGACAUGAUCAGUGUUUUUGGGUGUCUUUGUAGCUAAAUUCUUUAUGUUGAUUAACUAGUUUGGUUGAAUGCCCCUUGGACCAGAAAA